GGUUUUAAGUUUUUAAGCAAUUGAUCAAAUACAUCAUUGCUGUCGCUACAAAACCUCUCCUUUUUUACAUCACCUUUUACAUUACAAAAUGUCAGGAUGAAUGGACCGACAGAAGUGCUCCACAAUUACUUGGAACAAAUAAUUUCUCCAUUUACUACCAUUAAAAGUUAGUCAUGUAUUUUUUUCUCCUAUAAAGUCCACCACUUUUGGUGAAUUUCUUUUUUUGGUGUCUUCUUGCCAGCUGUUAUGUAACAAAACUGUUUUUCUUUUCUGUAAUUUUGACUACACUGAGAACCAGAUACUCUUCACAAAUGAACAUACCAGCAGUGCAAGGCAUUACAUAACAAUGUUUACUGCAGAAACCUUGAGGGUGUGUCCUGCAGUCGCAGGGGUGGUUGGUGUGGACUUUGUGUUAGUGCAGUGAGUGCAGUAGAUCACAUAGAGAACUGGAGAAUAGUCGAUUGUGAGAGAAAAUGGGAAAGGGCGGAAACACUACAAUGACAGAAGUGACGAAAAUUCCACACGUUGGCUGUAAAAACUCAUUCUGCUAUAGCAGUUUACACUUCUCCAUGGCACAUAAGCAACGCAUGCUGUGGUGCACGUUCCAUGAGAGAUCUCUGGUUAGAGGAGCCUGUGAGAAAACCCUGAGUGACCUAAAGCUGGACUAUCUGGAUCUCUACCUGAUUCAUAACCCUAUGGGCUUUAAGCCUGGAGAAGAACUUUUCCCGCUUGAUGCUGAGGGCAAAGUGAUUCCAGACAACAGCACCUUUCUGGAGACAUGGGAGUUUUAUCAUAAAGGAAAUGGAGAAGCUGGUGGACGCUGGGCUGGUCAAGGCCAUCGGUAUCUCCAACUUCAACCGAAGCCAGAUUGAAGCCAUCCUGAACAAGCCAGGCCUCAAGUACAAACCUGUCACCAACCAGAUUGAGUGCCAUCCCUACCUGACGCAGGAGAAGCUGAUCGACUUCUGUCACUCUAAGGGCAUCACAGUGACUGCGUACAGCCCUCUGGGGUGCCAUGACAGACCAUGGGCAAAGCGACGUGACCCGUCCAUACUGAAGGACCCAAAGAUCAGAGCCAUCGCUGAUAAAUAUAAGAAAACAGCAGCGCAGAUCCUAAUCCGGUUCCACAUUGAGAGGAAUGUUGCAGUUAUUCCCAAAUCUGUCAAGCCGGAAAGAAUCAAAGAAAAUUUCCAGGUCUUUGAUUUUAAGCUGAGUACAGAAGAUAUGAACACCAUUAUGAGCUUCAACAGGAACUGGAGAAUAAUCUUACUAGACUUGGCUACUAACCACAAGGACUACCCACUGAACGCAGAGUACUGAGCUCCUCACCUGCACGGCCUGAAUGUUCAUUCUGUGCUGAUAUCAAGUGCAAAUAUUAUUUAAACUAAGAAAUAAUUUGGUGCUCAUUGUGUUUUGAUAAAUACUUAUUCCUGAAAUGAUGAUUAAUUAACAAGGACUGAAAUAAAUUUCUGUGUGAAACUUCAA